GUAAUCUUUUUAUAUCAUAUAUCACAUUUGCAAUAUAACACUGUACCAGGCAUAAUGUAACAGCAAGAUAAACAUCGAUAGACAAUGGCACCAAUCACAAUAGAGGAAGAACAUUUUCUACGAAUCGUUCAGUUAAUAUUUGGAGUAGUAGUUGAGGCGGUGAGAACUAUCUUUGACAAGUUUUUCCCCCAUUAACGUUACGUCACACUUUUCAAGCGAAGAGGAAAGAUAUGCAAGAUCUACAAAAGAAACAAAUAUUGAGAAAAUCUCAGAUGGAUGUUUUAUUUCCCUAAACAGGCAUAAUGUAACAGCAAGAUAAACAUCGAUAGACAAUGGCACCAAUCACAAUAGAGGAAGAACAUUUUCUACGAAUCGUUCAGUUAAUAUUUGGAGUAGUAGUUGAGGCGGUGAGAACUAUCUUUGACAAGUUUUUUCCCCCAUUAACGUUACGUCACACUCUUCAAGCGAAGAGGAAAGAUAUGCAAGAUCUACAAAAGAAACAAAUAUUGAGAAAAUCUCAGAUGGAUGUUUUAUUUCCCUCAACAGGCUUUCCAUCCUCAAAUAAUUUUGACAUUACUUUAAUGGUGUGUUUACUGCAGAAUCUUAAACAAGUACAACCGCACUCACUAAAGACGAAUGUAAUGCCACCAUCUUCCGACAAGAGUGAGGGAGCAGAUUUAGUAAGAUUAAGAUUUCACAGGAAUACGAUUGGGCAUAUAGAGAGAAACACGAUAAAUACGCACAUCUUUACAACCAUGUGGGCAGACAUCACACAGGCUGUCCUGAGACUUGGAGGUUCCAAGUACCAACAGAAAUGCGAUGAUAUAAGAAAUAUGACAUUUGACACCACAAUCAUCAGCAAUAUUCAGCAAGAAGUGCAAGGUUUAAAAAGCAUGUUAAUAGAUGAAUUGAGUGACAUAAAUCAGCGAGUAUUAAAUAUUGAGCAACAAAUGGAUAGCCAAACGACAUCUGAUAUUCACAAAGUCAUGAUAGAAAAAUGGGAAUACGACAACAAAACUUUUGUCCAUACAAAUGCAAUCAAACAUAUAAUGUCAUUGAUUGAGAAUGAACAAUGCAUUUUAAUAAAAGGAAAUCCAGGGUCUGGGAGAAGCUUUACAAUUCGGCAUAUUGCAUUAAAACUUCGGGACCGACAGUGUAAACAUGAAUAUGAAAUUGUUUUAUGUAGAGAAUCUAAGGAUAUCGAAACAAACUAUAAGGCACAAGCAUACCAAGUAUUUGUUUGUGAUGAUAUAUGCGGAGAAUAUACGAUUGAUCGCUGAGAAGCUAACAGAUGGUCGUCCCAACUGUCAAGAGACAUUUUAACAACCAUUCUCAGCCGUGGGAAAUCAAAACUUCUUCUUUCGGUGAAAAAUCAGGUAUUUCAAGAAUCUCUGGUUUCAGAAUUAAACUACUUAAAGUUUGCCCUGAUAGACAUGUCAGAUGAAAAUGUCGUGACACUUGAUCAGAAAUGUACAAUAGCAAAACAGCUUCUAUCAAUGGACGAUGAGGCUGAUGGUUCUAUUAUAGAUAACUGUAGACAAAUUAACAUUUUACGUAAUAUAGAAUUCGCACCCCUUACAUUUACGAUAGUGCUUGACGAUUGCGACGAAAACAUUCCACUGUUUUAUGCAGACCCAAUUGAAACUUAUUCUAAGGAAUUAAAUGCAUUAAAUAAUGUUGAAGACAAAUCAAAACUAUGUGCAUUAUUUUUCCUGAUUGUUCACAAUGGUAAUAUUGACGAGAACUAUUAUUCUGUCAAAGAGACUAUGCAUGAUCGAAAUCAAAGAGAAAGCAUUUCUGAGGAAUUUGGAAUUCAACAAAACACUCCAAGAUCUAGCAUAGAGGAUCAUUUAAUGAUGUUUGAAGGACGGUUAACUGUUAAUGAAAGGGGUAUUUUUCGCGCUAAGUACCAUAUAUAUUUUGAUUUUCUUUGUUUUUUCUUUGGUGAGAACAUUAAAAAAAUGCAGAAGAUGUUUAUUAACUACGCACAUAGUCAAGUUAUAAGCAGGAAAACUGUUUUCGAUUCCCUCCUGCAGUUAGACGAUGUUCCUAGAUUUACAAUUUCGAUCACAUCGAAAAACGAACAGAUUUAUUUUAAAAGAAUGGUAGAGGACAUUUGUGACGGAAUUAUUUGGGAUACUUUAGAAAAUACUCAACUUCAUCACGAUCAUACAUCAUUGACAUUUAGUUUAAGAUUUUUCAAAUACUUAGAAAUCCUAGAUGAUGACAAAAAAAGAGACAUUGUGAACAGUCUUGAUCGAACAGGGUCAUGUAGCACCGCUUCUACUCUUUAUGUUACAGUAUACUUUGGACUUGUGCAGAUAGUAAAAUACCUUUUACGAAUUUCUUCAGCACAAUUGCAGGACAGCCAAGACAAGUUUCCACCUUUAAUUGCAGCUUGUGAAAGAGGACAUGAACCCAUAGUCAACUUGCUAAUUGACUAUGAACCAGAUAUAAAUCAAAUGGAUUCUUUUGGCAGAAGACCUCUUAUAGUAGCUGUUCAAAAUGACUAUCCUGGUGUUGUAGAAAUGCUCAUAAACAAAGAUGCAAAUAUAAACUUGGCAGACAAAAAUGGUUGGACGCCAUUCUUGUGGGCUUGCAUAUUGCACAGAGAAGAGGUAGCAAAACUCCUUAUGGAACACGAUGCCGAUGAUAAUCAAGCUAGUAAUGAUGGAUCAACUCUUUUGUUUUGGUGUUCAGUUAUUGGUUUUCAAAAGUUUGUUGUCCUUCUGCAUGAAAAGGGAGCAGAAGGGUCACUUUCAACUUCUAAUACUGAUGGGAAAACACCACUGAUGGCUGCAUGUUAUUUCAGACGACAAGAAAUAGUCAUCUAUUUGCUUCAGCAUUUGGAAUCUGUCGACGAAUCUGACCAUGAAGGUUGGACCCCCUUAAUGGAAGCUUGCUUUGACAAUGACAACGGUAGCUGGGAUAGAUUUUUAGAUCAAUUAGAAAAGGGAGACUGUCUAUGGUUUCCACUUCUAAAAACUGUAACAGAAAGGGUUUUAUACUAUAAUGACUCCCCUGGACAUGAAUCUGUAAUUAAACAAUUACUUUCAAAAGCUGAUAUAGAUCUCCAAGAUAAUGAAGGUAAAUCUGCUCUUUACCAUGCAUGUGAAUGGCAAUACAAUCGUAUUGUCAAUAUUUUGACCGAAAUGGGAGCAAAUGUAAAUUUAGAAGCAAAAGAUAAAUCGACUGCCUUAAUGGAAGCCUGUUUAUUAGAGGAUGAAGAUAUAGUACAGCCUAUAAUGGAGGCACCAAUUGGCCCUUGUAGACCAAUAAUCGAACAGCUUCUUAGCAAGGGUGCAGAUGUAAAUUCAACUGACGAAAACGGUUUGAAUCCAUUUGGUUAUAGUUGUGAGACAGGAAACAGUAACAUGAUUCAUAGAUUAAUUGAGUAUACAAAUAAUGUCAAUCAAACCUACAAAAAUGGGAAUACACCUCUGCAAAUGGCUGAAAAAUCUGGUAAUGAUGAAAUAAUUAGUUUGCUUAUACAGAAAGGCGCCAAUCAAACUGGAAAAACUUUAAAAAUGGAAUCACACGAUAAAGGAUUUGAAACUAUGAGCUCAGAUGAAUCGAUCUCUGAUAGCUCAGAUUCUGAAAAUGAAUCCUUGACCGAUGCUAAAAAAGUUACAGGCAGAUCGUUACUGCAAGCUUGCAGAAAUAUAAAUGAGCAUAUGUUUCCAUCAUUAUUACAGGAAGCAGCAAGUGAGAAUAUUUUGAACAUUUCAGGCAAAAAAGGUAAAACUCCAUUGCUGGAAGCUUGCAGAUAUAAAAAUAUAGCAAAAGUACAAAAUCUGUUAGAAGCAGGAGCCAGUGUCAAUAAAGAAGAUAUAAACCGUUGGACACCACUUUUAGAAGCAUGUAAAGUUGGGGAAAAGGAAAUAGUACUUCUUAUCUUAGAAAACAAUGUAGACGUCAACAAAACGGAUGCUCGCGGAUAUUCUCCCCUUCUAUUUGCAUGUAAAAAUGGAUAUAAGGACAUUGUAGAAAUACUUCUAAGUCAUCGGGCAGAUGCUAACAUUGCCAACAAUGCAGGAAUAACACGUCUUCUAGUAACAUGCACAAAACAGUAUACUGACAUAGUCCAAUUACUAAUAUAUAACGGAGCAAAUAUAAACCAAACGGAUGCUUAUGGCAAUACGUCACUAAUGGUUGCAGGUUUUUAUGGAUACAAACAAAUAAUUGAAGUCCUUCUAUCGGAGGAAGCAAAUAUCGAUCAAAAAGACAGUGAAGGAUGGACAGCCCUUUCCUGGGCGACAAAAGGUGGUUAUGAAAAUAUCUUUGUUAAGGCGGCAUACGUUUCUUCGGUAAAGGAAAGCCAAACCAGAAAUGAACAUACAGAAAAGCCAACUUAAAAAUUAUAGGUACGAACAGGAAACGUCAGUAUUACAUAAGAGUGCCUAAUAUAUGUUAUGUUUAACUACACCGGAUGUAAAUGUGGACGUAAAAUAAUAGUAACAUUACACGUACGCGUUAUCGCACUCCUUAUAUUGACUCCAUUGUGAUACUACUUCAAUCCCUAUAACAAUAUACAUUAAAUUAAUGAUAAAUAUUGUUUAUAUAUAAUAAAACAAUAUAUACCCCUACGGUGAAUCAAUGUUGAAACCAAGCUCAAAGUAUUUAGUCUCCCAUCCUGCUGUCCUACAUUUUUUAAAUCAUUCUACAAUGUGUAGAAACAACUGGUUAUAAGCAAGCAAUGUCACUGUAGUAGACAUACGCUCUUAAACCACAAAACAUUAGGGUUACAUGUAACUGGUGAGAAGACAACAAUGAAGAGGUUACUAU